GAUCGUCUUCCGAGUCCACGAAAGAGACUCAGCUGUCAUUUGAGUCGGAGCAGUGAAGCGAGAAAAGACUAUCAGUGCAUCUCUCAUUCCGCGCUAGGCUGCUUUUCGCAAGUGCGCUCCAUAUUGUCCGUAACAUAGGCUAUAUGAAUAAAUCUCUGCAGGUUGUUUCCCGAAGAGUUUAAUGCAAGCUCAGACUGAUUUCUGUUAGAGAUGUUUAAGAGAUUCUGUUGGAAAAAUAAAAAAUAAUACGUCAGACAAUCCGCAUGAAGAUUACAGAGAAGCCUACUUUAUACGCGUGGGAUAAGCAGAAGGGAUCAAAAGCACCUAUGCUUAUUAUUUGUCGCUAUAUUAACUUCGAAAUAAGUUAUGUUUUAAAGUUCUAGUGGUUUGUAAUCAGAAAAAAAAAACGACUAAAUCUGGAGUUGAGAAUGGAUACUCUGUUGAUAACAAUUCUACUCGGCGCGGUUGGAGCUCUGGCCAAUAAGGAAGAUUGUAAAUCAGGAAAGUUCACCACCACUGGGGAGUGCUGCAAGCAGUGCCAGCCAGGGGAAGGAGUCCUCAAACCAUGUGGAGCUACACAGACCGUCUGUACACAAUGCCUUGACAGUGAGACGUUCUCAGAAAACUUUAGCCACACUGAGACUUGCCAGCCAUGCACUCGCUGCGUGGGUCUUCUCCGCAUGCAGUCACCCUGCACCGACUCCAACGACGCUGUCUGCAUCUGUGACUACGGCUACUACCUCAAUGAUAUCUCCAAUCGAUGCGAGAGCUGCACCAAGUGCCCCGUGGGCCAGGGCAUGUUGAUUGGCUGUGAGCACGAACGCGACACAGUCUGCGAGGAGUGCACCAGGGAUACAUUUUCGGACCAGGAGAGUUCACGGGAGCCCUGCCUGCCCUGCUCCAUCUGUGACGAGGACGGCGAGUUGGAGAUCCAGGCCUGCAACCCCUCCAAAGACACCGUCUGCCAAGAUCUGAACCCAUCUGAAAUGUUCCCCGUCUUGCCAACUCUAUCCUCUGACUCCUCCCAGCCUUCUUUCACCAAUGAUGACCGUUUACGCUAUAUCCCCACGGAGAUCACCACUACCACCACCACCGCACCUAUCACCACCAGUACCAUAACGUUCAUAGGUCCCGGCCUGAACGAGAACCUCAUCCCCAUCUACUGCUCCAUACUGGCAGCUGUGGUGGUGGGCCUUGUGGCCUUCAUCAUUUUUAAGAGGUGGAACAGCUGUAAACAGAACAAGCAGGGCGCCAACAACUGUACAGCCAAUCAGAACCAGACCCCAUCGCCGGAGGCGGAAAAGCUGCACAGCGACAGUGGCAUAUCAGUGGACAGUCAAAGUCUACAGGAGCAGCAAGGCCUAGGGCAGACUCAGGCACAGACAGUGGUCACUGUGGAUGAGGAGCCUUGUCUGCUUCUUCCUCUUCACACCCGAGAGGAGGUGGAGAAACUCCUGUUCAGAGGUAGAGACACCGAGGGCUGCAACCACACCACUGACAGCGAUUGGUGUAGCCUGGCGGGGCUGCUGGGGUACCAGGAAGAGCGCAUUGCCACUUUCCGUCAGGAGGAGCAUCCAGUGCGUGCACUGCUCUCUGACUGGGCAAACCAGGACUGCGCCAGCGUGGACACGCUCUGCACAGCGCUUCGUAAGAUCAACCGCGAAGACAUAGCCCAGACCCUCGCCCUCAGCCCCACUGCUGUCAAGCCCACUGCCACUUCCACAGUGUGACCAUCUUACCCUCAUGUUCAAUGCACAUCCAUGUUAUUGCAACACCUUAGCUAAACCCCACCUCCCUGCCACAGCCACUGUCUGCCUGAAGUGUGACUAUAACUGACCACACCUACCAGAUAAAGCCAUCUUAGCAAUUACGCCAAUGCUAAACCAUUCAGAUGCCCAAACGAACGGCAAACCAAAGUCUUUUAACCCACACGUUAUGCCAAAUCUACUGUUAUCAAUCCAUCAUGACCAAAACUCAGCUAAGCCCUAAAUCGAACAGCCCCUGCAUCUAUUACCACCCUGACAUUCAUUUCCCACUGUGCAUUGUGUAAAACCAAUUGCUUUUCUAUCCACUUGUACACCCAUGUCGAACUCUGUUAUGUACUUUGGUGACACAUAAACUCAUGUGACGAACAAGACAUAAUCCAGGUCAGUGUCUCUGCAUAGAUUUUUCCCACAAGUCAAAUGAGGCCUUGUAACCGUAUUACUGAUAUUACUGGAUGCUCAGGUGUCUUUCGUGUGCCCAAAGCAGUCAAGUCAGAUGCCAUUUUGUUAUGCUCUGUCACUAACCCUGAAGUAACGAAGGGCUCCCAAACUCUAUGGAUUGCACUUCCUUCUUUUUCCCAUUUUCCUCCAUUCCUCAGUCACAAUAUAGAAUUGUCAGUCGCAAUUGUGGAAAUCUAGAGAAACUGCACUUAACAUUCAAAACUUCCUGCACUACAAUUCAUUAGUUUCAUUUUUCUUUUCUGUAUUACUGAAGACUUCGCCAAACAUGCAAGAGUUUGCAUAUUAUGCCGCUGAUUGUGUCCUUUUAUGCUGUUUGUAACUGCUGAAUGUCAAUUGUCCACUGAGGUCAAUAAAUGAAAAUGAUUAGUAUGAAAUGAAUGACAAGGCGAGCACUCGAUCCAAACCAAUUAUUAUGUGGAGAAAAUAUGCCAGCUCACUCAUCAUCACCUCUUUCAUUCUCAACACACUGAAAUUGGAAAAGCUUAAUAAUCUGAGCCAUUCCAUCAACAUUCAUGGAAAGUCUUUCAGACCUGACUGGACUUGUCUUUUCGUCUUUGAGUUUAUAUAAUGAGCAGCACCUGGUGCUGCUGUACACUACUGGUUUAAUGUCAGGGUAGUUGACUGACUGGACUGUGUUGCCUAACAUGGUGGUCUGUCAGGAGGCAACCUGACUCCAGCCUCUAUCCAACCAGGUCCAUUUGCAUAACAGUGAGGCUCUCACACAAGGCCUAUAGUCUAAGGGCCUAUACUUUGACCUAGAUAAAAUGGACUAGCAAUUUAAAUCUCUUUCAAAAUAUAGGCCUAUGUACACACACAAACAUAAAUCUAAUGGGAACACACACAUAUUUUCAUGUAGUAUAUCUACACACCAACAAAUGCACACGUAUGCAUGCACGCAAGUAUUCACGUGUAUGCAAAUGCGCUUACGAAACUUAAGCCUGCUGUCUACUCAUGUCAAUCGAGGGUUGUGUCAGUAAGCAUGCACACCAGGACCAAACACACUUUUCAGGAACCACAUAAUGUCAAAUUCAGGAUAUAUUGGACAUGAUGGAUAUACCUUUUAGCUGAGGUCAUCUGCUGCUUUAUCAAGAGGAACAGCAUGUACAACAAACUAAUUAUUCAUAUAAGCGAUAGACAUAAUUUUAAACCGUGAUACACAAUAUAUUCAACAUACACGUAUAUAUGUAUAGUGUACGUAAAGGAACUGAAAAUGCAAUUGAACAAAUAGCAAAUAAUUAUACAGGGUUUUCAACUCCGUCAUUUGAGUCUAAUGUGUGGCGUGGCAUUUAACUUCACACUGUCUGGGUGCUGUUUUUGUAAUCAAAGCUCAGACUCUGUUAUGUUUAACUUGAGAAAGCGAAGGCUUUUUGGGGGUAUUGAUUCAACACUAGUUUCAGUAAUGGCACUUGGUGACUUACUCCGGCAGUGAUAUAAAAGGCAUGUCUGGCUGUUUUUUUAAUAAAACCGCCCAGCACAGAUCUCACAUUGCCUGGAGAAGUGUUUAACAGUCUUAAGUCACAAGAACCAUAUUAAUAAAAGAUAGGCGACAGCCAAAAAAAACAACCUGGAACGCAGCCAUUGCGACUGACAAUCGUUAAGAAAAGGGAUGGAAGCUGGUCAGAGGAAAAGCAGGGGUGUCUUGUUUCCCCAUUGUUCACAAACAACAACCUUUGAAUAAAAGGCUAGACAUCAGAGAUUAGAGAUGAGCGAUACGAGAGGAAUUCCCACCACUGCGAGGUAAACUUGGUUAAAAAAAAAAAUCCAUUUAGAGGUUUGAGAAAGCUAAAAUAACUGCCCAGAGAAAAUGUCAUGUUAAGAAAUACAUUUUCUGAUAUGUUUUACUUUUAGUAUUCUCAUAUCUAAAUGUUUUAUUUGUAUUAAAAAAAACUUGCUUCCAAAACGCAGCCUUUAAAUUCUGUCGCUGGGGGGUUUUAACUGGCCAGAGAUCUAGAGAAUGAUGAACUGACCAAUCAACAAUUGAUGUUGUUCUGGUAAACACACACACAUGGGAUCCCUACAUAAAGAUGUAUCUUCAUAAUUAUUAUCGGAAACUAUAUUAUUCACGUAUUAAGUAAUUGAAGGUCAUAUUAAUUUGGAAACAACGGGCAGAUACUUAAAUGCUAACAAGUAAAAUGCAUUAAAAUGUGCAUUUAUGGAACACCUAUACUGUAUAGUCUUAUUGUAAGGUCAGUACAUACAUACUGUAUUAAAAGCCUUAUAAUAACAAACCAAAAAGGCUAAUAAGUCUGUCAGCUCAAAGGAAGGUGUCAUCUAUUUUAUUGUUUAGCCUUAAUUUGUCUUAAAUGCAAUCAAGUCAAUCAAAAACCCUUGAUGAAUCAUGUGUCAAAAACAUACUCCCAGCUAGGAAUUAUGAACUGAAGCCCUUAUUAAUUCUGUGCUUUUUGACAUAAUAUUUUCUAGCAAAUGUUUGGGUUACAAUGCCUAUGCAUGCUUUUAACAUGGUAGGUGGUACAUUAUUUGUAUGACAUUUUAAUAGUACAUAAUACUGCAAAAAUAUAGUUUACUCCUCCUUUUUCCCCAAAGUCAAAUAAAUUUUGUUCUUUUUUUCAAUUCCAAUUUGUCACAGGGGGUGGUAACAUGGCUCUGGCUCUGGCACUUUCUUUUUGAUUGCAGAGUGAACUGUUAGCACUUGUUAGGUUACUGACAUGCCUGACAUGAACAGAGAAAAGCCUAUUUGAAUACAUUUAUAUGUCACAGAAUGAUUGAACGUUUGGUUUAGCAAGCUGAAGCUAGAUUUACUUCUCAUACAAGACUUGGUACACGAUGCCUAUUGUAAGUACUGUACAGAAUGGUUAAUCUACAGUUUACUGAACAUACUGGCUUUACUAUGAAUGAAGGUAUUCCCACUCUACAAGUUUUUUUUCAUGCGUUACUAAUAACAGUAAUAAACUGUAUUAUCUUUUGGUUUCUAUUUUUCUACAAGACUAGAUUGUUGCACUUAAAUGUGUAUACUGUUUGUAUUCAGCAUCAAAAGUGCCUGGGAACAGUUUCAGGUCUCCGGUGAUGAUGUUGUGUUUGAUUUAUAUGUAUUUGUUGUUAUUUUUUAAAAUAUUCUUUAUAUUAUUGUAUGACUGAAGUGUUGAGCCCUAAAGGCUUAUACGGUAUCAGGGUCCUAUAUGAAUUUGGAAAUUGAUACGCUCAAUGUCUAUUGACAGUGAUUCAAUUUCACUUUGCCUUAGAUGCCUAACCCAUAGAAAGACUGUAUUUGAAGAAUACCCAAGCCAUAGUUAGAAGAUAUUUCUGAUUCCUAGUUUAGACUGUACAUUAGGGUAUGAUUUUCCAGACAGAAAUUAAGCCUAGUCCCGGACUAAAAAUCAUUUUCACUUUAGAUUUUAGUCCAGGAUUAGGCUUAAUCCUUCUCUAGGAAAUCAGCCCCAGACGUUUAAUUGUCACCAGCUUCCAAAGCCACAAAAAUCAUAAUUACAGCUUAACCCACCUAUUUGUACAAUUUAGAUUCUUGAAAUGUUAUUUCUCAUCACAUGCUAAGCCUAAGUUAAAUGAAUACCAAAAAAGCUAAUGUUUGAUUUUGCAAUAUAACCAUUAUUCAUUUGUGGCUGUGGAAUCUGUCUGAUAUGGUGGGCUUACUGUACAUUCUGCCCUGGACUAAAUGUACUGUAGUGUCAUAUGUAUCCAUCACUUUAACCAGAAGGUUGAUUUCCCAGGAAUGAACUGAUAUGAAAACUGGCAUAGGACUGACCUGUUUCCUCCAGAACAGUAUUCACAUAAUUUUUUGGUUCUUUAAUUGGAGAGGACACGAAUUGAGAAUACAACAAGCCGAGUGAAUAGGCGUAAUGUGAAACAUCUAUAUAGUCUUCAACUUUUCACGUUGCACUUGGCAUCUUGGUUUUUGGUCAGUAGGAGAAGUGAUGCAUCCAGUGAAGGGAUUGUUGAAAAUGGGGGGAAGGAUGGAGAUGCAUCACUCAGCCUUGGUGUCCAAAGUGAAACAAGAAAAACUCUUGAAAAUGUACAGAACUGAGAAAAAUACCUGAAUGUUCCUUAUUUACUUAUAUGUGUACUGUAUAAUACAAAUGUGAAUUUGUUAAAUUCCUACCGCAGAUGAGCAGGACAAUAGUCAAAAUAAAA